AGAUUUCAUUAUUUUUAUUACAUUAUGGAAACUUCUAGUUAAAGUGAUCUAUCUAUUGCUUCUUUGGCUACACUUGAUGCCCUUGACAAUGCCAUUAAAAAAGAUAAGAACAGAUAUAUACGUAAAGGUAUUUAUUGUAUUUUAUUUUAAAUUAGGUUAUGGUCUUUUAGUUGCUAUCUUUAUUGCUUUAUCCACAUAUUUGACAGUUCCUCAUAUAAUGUUCUUUAUUCAUUCAUAUUUAGAUGGCAUGCAAAGUAAUUUAAAUAUUUUAUAUUUCUUAGAAAUUUAAAUAUUCCUACUUGUUUAAUUGUGUUCCACUAACCUUAGUUAUGUGUUAGGUAACAUUUAUAUGUACAUAAUCUACUCCUUAAAGUUACCAUUCUUUGAAAGAUAUAAAGUUGAUAAUGUAAUUUAUAUAUAUCAUAAUAAUCUUAGAAUCCAUGGCCAUGGGAAUAGAAUUUAAAAUAAUGGACUUAAACUAAAAAAAAGGUACUUCUUAAUUGGAUUCUAAAUUCAAUCAUUUCUUCUUUGUUAACUAUUGCAAGUGUAUAUGCUGGACAAAACUUUAGACAUGAUUCUUCUAGCAUUCCAUCCCAUUUUGAAUUAGCUUGGCAAAUAGCCUUCUGUAUGAUUGUAGAAGAUACAUCAUUCUACUGGUUACAUAGAACUCUACAUAACCCAAGAUUCUACUAUAUUCAUAAAAAACACCAUGAAUUCUAUAAUACUAUUAGUGUUGCUGCUGAAUAUUAACAUCCUAUAGAAUUUGUAUUAACCUCUACAGCUACUGCCUUAGGACCUUUAAUACUUGGUGCUAAUAUGCAUGUCUAUACUUUGGGCUUCUGGUACAUUGUUAGAGUUUUUGAAACUAUUGAUGGACAUUGUGGUUAUGAGUUCUCUUGGUCUCCCUAUAGAUUAUUACCAUUUUCUGGCUCAUCAGAAUAUCAUCAUUAUCAUCAUUCACAUAAUAUAGGAAAUUUUUCUAGUUUCUUCUACUAUUGGGACACUCUAUGUGGAACUAAUAAAGAGUACUUCAAUUUCAAGAAGGCUAGAACUAAUGUAAUUAUUUAUUUUAUAAUUUAAAGGAGAUGUAAUUAAAUUUAAUGAGAAGAGUAUUUAAUGAAAGUUAAUAGAAAUCCAAAACAACUUGAUAAUAAGUAAAAUAAAAUGAUAGAUAAAAUUCAUAUUAUUUAAAAAUUAUAACCUUAACAUUGUC